AUGCACACGAAAGAGAUGCGUCACCUUCAUCUGCGCAGCGACGGGCAACUGCCGUCGUCUGCAGGCCCCGCUCCUCUGUCCUCCAGCCACGCUGGAGAGCCUUCCUUUGCCGCGAGUGCGCGCGCCAGCGACUCGAGCGAUGCGCGGGCGGUGCCCUUUGACUUCCCCAAGGACGAAGAGGCGCCGAAUGGUCAGCCGAGCGGCAUUCCGAACUGGAUCACGAGUCUGGAGGAAGAGCUCGACAAAAAGCUUCUUGUCGUGCUGCGCGACGGCCGCAAACUGAUCGGCUUUUUCCGAACAUUUGAUCAGUUCGGGAACAUGGUCUUGGAGGAGACCAUCCAGCGCGUCAUCGUGGAUAACGCCUACGCAGACCUCUACGUCGGCUGCAUGAUCAUUCGUGGAGACAACAUGAUUCUCUUCGGCGCCGUCGACGACACAAAACCCACGCCCCUCGAGGCAAAGCCUCUCUGCGAGGUCCUCGCCGCCCGACAAGAACGCGAGGAAAGAGAACGCGAGAAGCGGCUGCAGGAUAGGAACUGGUCGGCUGAGCGGCAGCUGGGCGCCGACUACGACGAGUGGUGA